AUGACCACCACCUCGCCGGUCCAACCCCAUCUCCGGGCGCGGUCGCUGUCUGACAGCACCGCACCUGCGAGACAGAUUGACGAUGUGCCACGCCUCGAUGAGACACGACGAGCGGGUAUGCCACGCGCCGCAUCGACGCUGGGCAUGUACGGUGCAGCGCGCGCCAACGUGCACGAUGACGACCACUACGAUCUGGCGCGGGAGCAGGUCGACAGAGAGACACUCCGUGAUCUGGCGCACUUCUUCCGACACACAAGACCACCGGGCUUCAGGCGGGACAGUGGUGCGGCGCCUGAUGGUUGCUUUGGGAUGUCGACACCGUUUGGUGGAGAUCACAACAACAAGAGGUGGUCGAUACGUUCCUUGCGAAAGGGCCAUCGCGACAAAAUCAAAGAAGGACCACGCCCCUUCAACCCGAGAGAUAGCACGACGCUCAGGACGACGGCGGCUGGGCACACAUAUGUGGCCAUUGCCGUGCCACCAAACCAGACAGUCGGCGAGGCGAGGGCGUCCCUCCAGUCGAGGCUUUCGGCUUGGCAUCAGCAGAACGCUCCCGGGCGCAACUCUAUAGGUGACAUUGCGAGCCUCACCUCAGGCGAGGUCGACGCCGUGGUACACCGGUCGUCAUCGCGGGCGGACAAGAAUCCCUAUCGACUCUCGAUUCGCGUGUCCGCAGCUGAGCCUGGGAUUCGCUCGCUACUGAAGCUGGUGGAUAAUUGGCUUGAGGAGCAUAACGAGGUUGACCAGGGUCAACAAGCCCUUGAAUUCGACAAGACCAAGAAGAGGAGUUCGGUCGCGACGCUGCCCAUGUCUGCCGUCUCCAGCAUUGCGGAGGAGCAGGGAGACGACGAUGAGAAUGACGGCACUGGGGAGAGAUCCCCUCCUGACACGACACCAGUGAUCAUGGUGAACCCAGCAGCAGCAACCGGCGCACCGCCAACAUCCGUCCCAAGCCCCGAGUCGUCCAACUACGUACCGCGGACACCACCGCUUCCCGCGCCUGAGCGUCUCGAGACAGCAGGGCCUAUGACAACAGGUGCUGAGCCCUCGAAACGUGCAAUGCGGUCUGCCGAUAGUAUCUCGCGGUUGCAGGUCUCUGCCUUCCCUCGUUCCAGCAGUCCAGCCACGCGCAACAACCAGGCCAAACCCGUGAAAUCGCCCAAGGGCCCGGCAGACAUUACCGUCAAGCACACGCUCGAGGUCCCGCCCAACGAUAUGCCCAUCGAGUCGCCUGGCUUUCCCAACAUGUUGGCGGCCAUGACGUUCCCGUCGCCACCAGAGAGCGCUCAUUCUAGGAACUACAGCAUGUCUGCAGCAUUUCCGCUCAGGGCGUCCCACAGCCCACCACCAGCUCCGGGUCGCACUUCGACAUCAUCAGCAGAUCCACGACUCUGGCGCUUAGAGCGGCCGCCCCUGAAGCAAAGCAGGUCGGACGGGGCUUUCCAAUCCCACAGGCCGAGAUCAUCCCGCACAUAUGAUGACGAUACGGGCGAGAUGGUGAUCACGACGGCGCCCAGAGCAAGGCCGGGCCAACAGGUCAGACCCAGGCCCUCGCGACUUGUCCAGGUAUCGGGUGCACACGAGGAUCGAGACGGCACAGACUAUACAGAUCCAUCGAAGAGGGAGUCUACCAACAGCACGGUCGAAUCGUCGAGGCACUCCGUGGCCACCACUGACCCCUAUCGCCAUUCCAUCACGAGCGACACUUCAGCGCACAGUGCAGCCACGGCAACGGCGGACGAGACCGUGAGACGACCGAGCGACAGCAAACGGGCAUCCAUCGCUUCGUUCACGACCGAAGGCGGGCUGAAGCGCUCCAACACCACUUGCUCUGAGCGGUCGGGCUCCUCGGCCACCACGGAUAGCACCACGACGACUGCGACCCUGGCGGAGCGAAGGUUGGCACGCCGCGCACGUGUUCGUGAGAAGGUGCAACGCGAUCUCGAUGCUACUAAGCUGAACAGCAUCAACGCCCAGAAGCCCAGCUUUUCCGUGGAAGAUUCGGUCGACUCACCUGUGCUGGGGUGGUUUACGCAGUCCGAGGUGACGAGGCCACCCCGACAGCAGUCCAAGGAGACGAUGCCCAACAAAGGGCCAUCUCGCCUCGUCCUUCAGCUGUCGGCGCCUACAACCCCAGCGGAGAAUACACCCACCGACAGUGACACCAAGGCUAGCCGUGUGUUCCGACGCUCGUCGUUAGGCGACAUUUCCAAGAUGAUCCCCGAGACUGUGGGGGAGGAAACGGACAGCCCGCUCACGACGCCAAAGCCAACCCCUGCACUAACCUUUACUGCUAUCAAGAGCGAGGAGAUCAAGCCCGAGGAAGAUGAAGAGGGCGGCACAUACGUCGCGCCGACCCUGUCUCUGUCCCCUAUCUUCGCCGUUGCUAGCAUCGAGCCAAAGUCACCCUCAGGGACACAACUUCGACCUCUGUCUCUACUGGCGGCCGGCGUGUCACCUCCCAUCGUGCCACCACGUUCUACUCUGCGCCCGGACGCCAAGGUCAAUGUUCGUCAUCGGCCUCUUCCCAUCAAGGUCGCGCAGGCACCGGGUGAACUGACCAUCAGCACCGCCAAACCCAAGCGCAACAGCUCCCUGCACAUCCCCACGCCUCCCACCUCCCCCAGCCCUGGCUCGCCCCGGACGACCAUCAUCUCGGCGCCCCCCUGUAUGAGCCAUGCGCAGUCCUUCAGCCGUCCGCCCCCCCGCGUGCGGCAGGCGCAGAGCCUCCAAAACAAAGAACGCGAGUGGCUCAGCAAGCACCAGAGCCAGACGGUGGAGGAGUGGCGGCUGGCGGCGCUGGAGCGACGCGAGCAACUCGAGAGGGAACUGCAGGGCGAUGGCGGGCACAACGUUGCAGCCGCCGUCGAGGAGGAAGGCGGCGAGAUCGGGAUCGCCUUUGCGCAGGACCAGCGUCAGCUGCCAAGAGAGCGGCACCGACGCAGCACACUACGGAUCCUGAACGGGGUGGACGCUGCCUCAAGUCCGUCGUCGCAGCAGACCACCAGCAGCGGCAGUCAUGACGAUGUGCUCACGGCGGACGAGGAGGACAAUAAGAAGACCACAGCCGCCAAGAUGCCGGAGCCGACCCUUCUUCCCAUGGGAGCGACGACGACGGCGAGUGCCGGCACACCCACCCUGUCGGAGCAGGCGGUAGAGCAGCGGUUGUUGCAGACGCUCAUGCCGCUGCUGCAGAGCAUGGAGAGCACACUGCGGGACAUGCAGGAGAGCAAGAAUGCGAAUGCGAAUUGUGGUGCUCCGGGGCUGACCCGGCAGUUUAUGGACUCUAUGCGCGCCAUCGCGCCGGCUGGCGUCGAUCCUCCUCGGGAGCCUCAUGACGCGACGUCGUCGUCUUGA